UCCACCAGCACCGCAGCUGCCAAAGCGCUCGGCGGUGUAGGGCGGAGGAGAGAGGCGCCGCGGGGAGAACUGGACGCGGACAGCCCGGCUCUGGGGUCCAGUCUGCCAGCGCCGGACGGACGGGCCGAGCCCGAAGCGCCGCCAUGGGCCCGGGGCCGCCGGCGGCCGGAGCCGGAGCGCCCCCGCGACCGCUGUCCCUGGUCGCGCGGCUGAGCUACGCUGUGGGCCACUUCCUCAAUGACCUGUGCGCGUCCAUGUGGUUCACCUACCUGCUGCUCUACCUGCACUCGGUGCGCGCCUACAGCUCGCGCGGCGCCGGCCUGCUGCUACUGCUCGGCCAGGUGGCCGACGGACUGUGCACGCCCCUGGUGGGCUUCGAGGCUGACCGCGCCGCAGGCCGCUGCGCCCGCUUCGGCCCGCGCAAGGCCUGGCACCUGGUCGGCACCAUCUGUGUCUUGCUGUCCUUCCCCUUCAUCUUCAGUCCCUGCCUGGGCUGCGGGCCCGCCACACCUGAGUGGGCCGCACUCCUCUACUACGGGCCCUUCAUUGUGAUCUUCCAGUUCGGCUGGGCUGCUACACAAAUUGCCCACCUCAGCCUCAUCCCAGAGCUCGUCACCAACGACCACGAGAAGGUGGAGCUCACGGCUCUGAGGUACGCCUUCACUGUGGUGGCCAACAUCACUGUCUAUGGAGCUGCCUGGCUUCUGCUGCACCUGCAGGGCUCUCCCCGCACUGGCCCCGCUGAGGAUGUCAGCGACCAACUAGGGGUCCAGGAUGUGCCAGUGUUCCGGAACCUCUCCCUGCUGGUGGUGGGUGUCGGAGCUGUCUUCUCACUGCUGUUCCACCUGGGCACCAGGGAGGGGCGCCGGCGGCAGGUGGAGGAGCCUGGUGAACACAGCCCCCUGUUGGCUCCCUCUACCGCCCAGCCCUUGCUGCUCUGGAAACACUGGCUUCGGGAGCCAGCCUUUUAUCAGGUUGGCCUGCUGUACAUGAGCACGAGGCUUAUUGUGAACCUGUCCCAGACGUACAUAGCCAUGUACCUCACCUACUCCCUCCACCUGCCCAAGAGGUUCAUCGCCACCAUCCCGCUGGUGAUGUACCUUAGCGGUUUCUGCUCCUCCUUCCUCAUGAAGCCAGUGAACAAGUGCAUCGGGAGGAAUAUGACCUACUUUGUGGGCCUCCUGGUGAUCCUGGCCUUUGCAGCCUGGGUGGCGCUGGCAGAUGAGCUGGGCGUGGCUGUGUAUGUGGCGGCUGUGUUGCUGGGCAUGGGCUGUGCCACCAUCCUGGUCACCUCGUUGGCCAUGACGGCUGACCUCAUCGGCCCUCACACGGUAGGAUUGCUGAGUGGGGCCAAGUCGAGUUUGGGGACUGGGGCCGAGGCCUGGGGUGCUGACCCCCCUGCCUGUGUCCCUCCAGCACAGUGGAGCCUUCGUGUACGGCGCCAUGAGCUUCUCGGACAAGGUGGCCAAUGGGCUGGCAGUUAUGGCCAUCCAGAGCCUGCACCCCUGCUCCUUGGAGCUCUGCUGCAAAGCCUGUGUGGCUUUCUACCAUUGGGUGAUGGUGGUCGUGACAGGUGGUGUGGGCGUGGCCGCCACCCUGGCUCUGUGCAGUCUCCUGGUCUGGCCCAUCCGCCUUCGGAAAUGGGACCCUGGAGCCUAGCCCUGACCCUACCCCGUGGUCCCUUGCCCUUUGUAAAUUAACCUCGACUGUGAACAUCUGAUGCCCAGAGGUCUGGAGCAGCCCCUCCGCUCCCUCCCCUGCGUUGUCCUGUCUCUGUCUGGCUGUGGGUGGAGGUCAGGAUGGAUGAGGUCCCAGCAGCUUAUCCCUGCUGGGGUAAGGGGAGGACACCGAGCUGGUGGGAUUCUUGUGGUUUGGUGUACUCCAGUGCCAACUCUAACCCAUCUCCCACGGUCUGGA